AUGUCGAAUAUUGCGAAAAUCGCAUCCACUUUUUCACUAACACCCACGGUGGGCCCGACUUUGAUCUUGGGUCGGGCCAUUUUGUUCGCAAUUCUUGUCUUUUUAUUGAAAUUCCUUUUGACCAAGCGUCAGAGUUCCAAGACUCAAGAGCCUUUCGGUGUCCCAGCCAAGCAAGCAGAAUAUGUGACUACUUUUCCUCCAUCCCAACGGUCGGCCCUACGUGAUAUAUUACGGAACGCGUCAUGCGUGUCCGGCACAGAUGAUCCGACAGUUUUGGCUCGAAAUGUUCUUGAUCUAAACGCACAUUAUCGCUCCGCUGAUCCCUCCAAGCUGAUCUUCACAGGUUUUAGUGUUGGAGAGAUUCGUGCGUUAGGAAACUUUCCAGAUUAUGCGAAGUUAUCGGGGGUGCCGUUACCUACUCCAGUCUUUGAUUUCGACCUGAAAAAAGCAUUACCGAGGCCGUAUCGGCCUUUUCGAUGGGCCUAUCACCAGACUAUGUCAUUGAAAAGGCUAGAGCCCGACUACUGGAUCGAGAUUGAGAAUAAAUACGCGAAACGCAUCAAGCAACGACAGGAGAUCUAUGCAAAGCAUGGUAAAGAUGUUUUGAAUGCAUUAUCAGGAUCCGAACUUGCCUGCAAAGAGAUAAUGGAAAUGGCAUUGCAGUUUGUCUGUGCCCGGUACCCUCGACAGUUUGAGUUAGUGGACGGCAACAGGACGCUGGUGAACCACAUUCUAAACACCAGAGAUGACCUUGCGAAAAAGGACCCCUUGCUAGUCCUGCUAGACAACAUUCCUGAGGACUUCUGCAUGAUGCUCCGAGAUCCAACCACUGGAAUGUAUUGCUUCAGGGCGGGCAUCAUCUGCUCCUCUGUUGGAUGGUAUCUUGGCGACAAAAUGGGACUCGGCAUGCCAGCAAUCCAUAAAACGGUCCCUGAUUAUAAGGAGAAAAUGGAGUUUAGUAUGGAUCGAUUUUUUACUCAAAUGCCAACUGACAAGCCAAUCCAAAGAGGGUCCUGGGCGUUUGAAAUUGGCGAGCCUCUCUACCUGCCACCGCAUGACCCCGAAUUCAAUAACAGAAAUCACCAGGAGCAGUCACUUCGUCCGGAAGACAUCUCCCUGCGCGUUGAUUGGCAGACAUUGCGUCGGCUUCCACUUUCGGGGGCCGUGGUAUUCAACUUCAAGGCUCUCUUUACGCCGAUCACGGAAUUCCGAAAUGAACGAUAUGUGCCAUCGUUGAUCCUCAAGGUAUUGAGCGAGGGCAAUGAAGCUAUUUUGAAAUAUAAAAGCACAUGGCAUGUGGAACACGUUAUCAAGCCAACUUUGGUGGAAUACGAAAGAUAUCAGAAGGAAAAUGGGUUGAUGAACAAAAAUUGGGAGCCAGAGACACUCGCUGAGAGCCCCUUUUUCCCUGGCUGGGAAGAUAAAUGGAAGCUUAGUACUGCACAUGUGGAUGCUAGUAUUUUCUAG